GUCAGUCGUCCCGGGCGGCCGCGGAUCCCGCAGCGGCGACGGGGCCGUGGGUGUGAGAAGGAAACGGCGCCGACCCGCCCCUGGCACCGCGACCCUCUAAAAGCCCCGGGGCCGCCGCACCGGGACCAUGCCCGCCCCGGCCGCCCGUGCCCCCGGCGACUGAACGGGGCCCACGGAGGCAGCGGGGCCCGGCGACCGGGAUGCCCCGGUGGAACCCGCUCGCCCUCGGCCUGCUCGGCCUCGCCGCCUGCCUCCUGGCCGCACCGGUGCUGGGCUGCGGCCCGGGCCGGGGUCCGGUGGGGCGGCGACGAUUGGGGCGGCGGCAGCUCUCGCCGUUGCUCUACAAGCAAUUCGUGCCCAACGUGCCCGAGCAGACCCUGGGGGCGAGCGGGAAGGCGGAGGGCAAAGUCCUGCGGGGCUCGGAGCGCUUCAGGGACCUGGUGCCCAACUACAACCCCGACAUCAUCUUCAAGGACGAGGAGAACACGGGGGCGGACCGGCUCAUGACCGAGCGCUGCAAGGAGCGGGUGAAUUCGCUGGCCAUCGCGGUGAUGAACAUGUGGCCGGGGGUGAAGCUGCGGGUGACGGAGGGCUGGGACGAGGACGGGCACCACCUCCCCGACUCGCUGCACUACGAGGGCCGGGCGCUGGACAUCACCACCUCCGACCGCGACCGCCACAAGUACGGCAUGCUGGCACGCCUGGCCGUGGAGGCCGGCUUCGACUGGGUCUACUAUGAGUCCAAGGCGCACGUCCACGUCUCCGUCAAAGCAGAUAACUCAUUGGCUGUCCGCACCGGCGGCUGCUUCCCCGGCCACGCCACCGUGACGUUGCAGAGCGGCGAGCGCCGGGGCCUGGCCGACCUGCGCCAGGGCGACUGGGUGCUGGGCGCAGAGCCGGGUGGGCGCCUGGUGCCCACCGAGGUGCUGCUCUUCCUCGACCGCGACCUGGGCCAACGCACCUCCUUCGUGGCCAUCGAGACGGCCAGCCCGGCGCGCCGGCUGCUUCUCACCCCGUCCCACCUAGUCUUCGCGGCCCGCGGGGCGGCCAACAGCACAGCCGCCUUCCUGCCCGUCUUCGCCCGCCGCGUGCGACCGGGCGACGCAGUACUGGCCCACGGGGCCGGCGGGCAGGGGUUGCGCCCCGCGCGGGUGCUGAGGGUCUCACGGGAGGACGGCGUGGGGGUCUUCGCCCCCCUCACCUCCCACGGGACCUUGCUGGUCAAUGGGGUGCUGGCAUCCUGCUACGCCGUCCUGGAGAGCCAUCGCUGGGCCCACCGCGCCUUCGCCCCCCUCCGCCUCUUCCACGGGCUCCUCUCGCUGCUGCCUGCCCGCGCCGAGGCGGGCAACGGGACGGCGCCGGAGGCGGGCAUGCACUGGUACUCCCGCCUGCUCUACCGGCUGGCCGGGGGUGUGCUGGGCCAUGAGGCCCUGCAGGCGUAGGGGUCCCCGGCCCCCCCAGUCGCCACACUGCACAUCAUGCCGCACACUGGAAGCAGGGGGCUCUGGCCCCGGGCCCCCCCCUUGGACCCAGGGUCGAGGGACAGGGGCACCCCUGGCCCCGUGGGGAAGUUGGGGUGCCUCUCGGCUCAGCGCUGCCCAGGAGCGCGGGGUGGUAGGGACAGGGUCCCUGGGAUGGGGUGACACAGGGUGGCCCAGGGACCUGGGCUCAGCCCCUUCCCGUGUCCCGGAGACCCCCCGCAGCACUGCUGGGUGCCUGGCCGGGUCCCCACACCCCCGGACCCCUGCAUGCUCCCCCUGUAUUUAUUGCUUUAUUAACCGCUGCGGCUGGGGCCAGGGUUGCUGCCUGUCGAGCUGAGGCUGGGCACCACCGGACCCUACCCUGGCGCCAAAUCCAGCCCGGGGGAUACCGAAUCAGCCCAACAUCAAGCACCUGGCAGCAGUUCCUGCCUGUUCCCCCAGCUCUGGGUUUGUCCCUCCGUCACCUGCGGUGUCCCCGUCCCUGACCCCACGCAGUUCAAUGCCACAGGGUGGCUUGACGGGGUGUCUGCCGUGGGCACGGGCACACUGCGCCGGGCCCGGCUCUAACCGUGCUAACCGCUAACCUGUCCUGCUUGAGAGUUUUAUUUUUCUAUUUAUAAAUGGUAAUAUAAAUGUCCCCCCCCGCCCGCCUGCCCACCCACCCUGGCAGCGGGGCCCAACCCCGCAGGGCAGGGGGGCAGCCUGCUUUUAACCACUUCUG